AUGCGCGCAUUUGUCGUCUCCGACUACGCCCACCCCUCCAAGAUCCCCCUCACGCAGAAUGCGCCCGCCCCAAGCGCGGGUCUGAACUACUUCGAUAUCCUCCAGGCUCAGGGCAAGUACCAGCACCAGCCCCCACAGCCGUUCGUGCUCGGCAGCGAGCUCGCGGGGCGCAUCGCCGAGGGCUCGCCCAUCCCCGACGGCUGCCCGUUCCGCGCGGGGGACCGCGUGUUCGGCGCGGCGCAGGGCACGUUCGCGGAGCGCGUCGCGGUCAACUGGGACGCGCUCCUCCCGCUCCCGGAGAACAUGUCGUACGACCAGGGCGCCGGUCUGUUCGUCACCUGGCCGACGAGCUACGAGGCACUGGUCGGCCGCGCGGAGGUGAAGCCGGGCGAGUGGGUGCUCGUCACAGCGUCCGCGGGGGGCGUGGGCAUUGCGGCCGUGCAGCUCGCGAAAGCGCUCGGAGCGAAGGUCAUCGCGGCGGCAGGGUCUCAGGAGAAGCUCGACAUCUCGGUCAAGUACGGCGGCGCGGACCACGGCGUGAAUUAUAGCACGGAAGGGUGGCAGAAGGAGGUCCUGAAGCUUACGGGUGGGAAGGGCGUUGACGUGAUUUACGACCCGGUCGGGCUCAUCCGUGACUCGCUCAAGUGUAUUGCGUGGAAGGGGCGUGCGAUUGUCGUGGGCUUCGCCGCGGGUCAGAUUGAGAAGCUUGCCCUUAACCUCGUCCUUCUCAAGAACAUCUCCAUCGUUGGGAUUCACUGGGGCGCGUACACAAAGAUCGAACCUUCACGCGUUCCGGUGGUUUGGAAGGAACUACUCGAUUUAUUCGCUUCUGGGCGCGCAAAACCGGUUGUCUACUCCGAGACGUAUCCUCUGGAGCGGCUUGCCGACGGGCUCGCCGCCCUGGAGCAGCGCAAGACGUGGGGAAAGGUCAUUGUGCACGUGCGAGACGCGUCGUCCGGACCAAAAGCUAAACUCUAG